ACAUGGCUGAAAAAGAAACCUGCGACACCUCUGAGGUGAGUUUCCCAGUCGGGACGGACAUUCGCAGGAGGGUCCUACAGUUCAUGGAGGCGCAGAUGCAGACCACUAUGCUCACAGGUGUUGCAAUCGGCGCCGUGGCGGCCAUUUUACUGGUUGGGGUGGCCGUGUUCUUCAUCUACCGGAGGUUCACACAGCCAAAGGAGCUGCAGCCUGGGGUGCCCCGCUAUCGCUUUCGAAAGAGGGACAAAGUGCUCUUCUAUGGCAGGAAGAUCAUGAGGAAGGUGCAGACCUUGUCGGCCACCUCGGGCACCAGUGGCAACAGCGCACCCCGACAGAGGAGCAGGAAGCGGCUCAAGAUGUUGUCUCUGGCUGGCAGGAUUUUAAGAAUUCGGCGCGAGCCUCCAACCCUCCAGCCUAAGGAGCCCCCCCCGUCACUGCUGGAGGCCGAUUUGACGGAGUUUGACGUGAAGAACUCCCACCUGCCCUCCGAAGUGCUGUAUAUGCUGAAGAACGUGAGGGUCCUGGGACAUUUUGAAAAGCCGCUUUUCCUGGAACUCUGCAAGCACAUGGUGUUUGUGCUCCUCCAGGAGGGAGAGGUUGUGUUCAGACCUGGCGACGCGGACGACAGCAUCUACGUGGUGCAGGAGGGCCGGCUGGAGCUGUGCAUUCAGGAGAAUGAUGGGACGGAGCCUGUGGUGAAGGAUGUGCUGCCGGGGGACAGCGUCCACAGCCUGCUUAGCAUUCUGGACAUUAUUACGGGUUACCCUGCUCCGUACAAGACGGUCAGCGCACGUGCAGCCGAGUGCUCCACCGUCCUGCGGCUGCCAGCCACCGCCUUCCAGUCCAUUUUUGAGAAGUACCCAGAGACGCUGGUCCGUGUCAUUCAGAUCAUCAUGGUGCGUCUUCAGCGUGUCACCUUCCUGGCUCUCCACAACUACCUGGGUCUCACGACGGAACUUUUCAACCCGGAGAGCCAGGCCAUUCCUCUUGUCUCAGUGUCCAGCGUGAUGGCAGGUGGCAGUCCUGGACGCAGUGCUCGGCGCCACAUAUCCAGUGCACCCCUAGACGAGGAGGAGUGUGAGGUCGGGCUGGCUGGAUCUGGUGACGCAGAGUCGGUUAGGCAGUUAUUGGCGGAGUCUGCCUCGGCCAGUUUUAGGAGAGUCCGCUCCCAGUCCGUGCCAUUAGAUACUGAAGUGUCUCAGGGUCAUGGCAAGACUGACCUCGGCAUGGCAUACGAGCGUGCGAGAGUGAAUGUCACCCUGGAGGAGGCGCCCCCGAGUCCUGUCACUUACAAGUCCAUCCUGAAGAAGAGUGUGACGAUGCAUGAGACGCCAUCUGCCGUCAUCCACUAUACCGGGUCGGGGGAGAGCCCCAGUGAGGUGCCCCCGAGCAAAGUCAGUGCCAUCUUUGAGGCGGCCAAGAAGGAUCUGCUGACACUCAUGAAGCUUAAUGACCCGAGUCUGCUGAAUGGCCGGGUGACCCUGCACCAAGUGAAAGCUGGCACUGUGGUUGCACGCCAGGGAGACCAGGACGUCAGUAUCCGUUUUGUCAUCUGCGGCCUCCUGCACGUAUACCAGAAGAUGAUCGACCGUGAAGAGGAGACGUGUCUCUUUGUCACACACCCGGGGGAGCUGGUGGGGCAGCUGGCUGUGCUGACCGGAGAGCCGCUCAUCUUCACUGUACGUGCCCACCGAGACUGCAGCUUCCUGUCUAUAACCAAGGUCCACUUCUAUGAGAUAAUGCGCCAGGAGCCCAGUGUGGUGCUGAGUGUGGCUCACACGGUGGUGAAGCGAAUGUCGUCUUUCGUACGCCAGGUCGAUUUUGCCCUUGACUGGAUGGCAGUGGAAGCUGGCAGAGCGAUUUACAGACAAGGUGACAAGGCGGAAAGUACCUACAUUGUCCUCAACGGUCGCUUACGCUCGGUCAUUUUGAAGGACAAUGGGAAAAAAGAGCUGACUGCAGAGUACGGCCGAGGGGACCUUAUUGGUGUGGUGGAGGCACUCACUCACCAGCCCUGUGCCACCACAGUCCAUGCGGUGCGAGACUCGGAGCUGGCUAAACUUCCCGAGGGGGCUCUUAGCUCCAUCAAGAGACGGUACCCCCAGGUCGUCACCCGCUUAAUACACCUGCUGGGUCAGAAGAUCCUGGGGAACCUGCAGCAGGUCAGCGGCCCCCUUGCAGGUCGAGGCCUUGGUCUACACACCCCCAGCAGUAAGUGGGACGCUGGCAAUCCGUCCAGUAAUCUGUCCACCGUUGCCAUCCUUCCGGUGUCUGAAGAAGUGCCCAUGACAGCCUUCAGUCUGGAGCUGCAGCAUGCCCUGGGAGCGAUUGGGCCCACACUGCUGCUCACGAGUGACAGCAUUAAGCAGAGCCUUGGCUCAGCAGCCCUCGACAGUGUGCAUGAAUACCGCCUGUCCAGCUGGUUAGGACAACAGGAGGACAUCCACCGCAUCGUCCUCUACCAGUCAGACAGCGGGCUCACGCCGUGGACUCAACGCUGCAUCCGCCAGGCAGACUGCAUCCUGAUCGUCGGGCUUGGGGAACAGGAGCCUUCGGUGGGCGAGCUGGAACGCAUGCUGGAGAGCACGGCAGUUCGAGCCCAGAAGCAGCUGAUCCUGCUGCACCGUGAGGACGGGCCGCCCCCCCACCGCACCGUGGAGUGGCUCAACAUGAGGACCUGGUGCUCGGGACACUUGCACUUGUGCUGCCCCCGCCGAGUCUUCUCCAAAAGGAGCCUGCCAAAGCUGAGGGAGAUGUAUCAGCGUGUCUUCCAGAAAGUGCCGGAUCGCCACUCGGACUUCUCCAGGCUGGCACGGGUCCUGACAGGAAACGCCAUUGCUUUGGUGCUGGGUGGUGGAGGAGCCAGGGGCUGCUCCCAGGUUGGGAUCAUCAGGGCCAUGAUGGAGGCAGGUAUCCCAAUUGACAUGGUGGGGGGCACCUCCAUUGGUGCCUUCAUGGGUGCCCUUUAUACUGAGGAGCGCAGCUUCACCCAGAUGAGGAUACGAGCGAGGAAGUGGGCUAUGGACAUGACGUCUGUGUUCCAGAAGGUGCUUGACCUCACCUACCCGGUGACGUCCAUGUUCACCGGUGCCUCUUUCAACUCCAGCCUGAGCAACCUCUUCAAGAGCAAACAGAUCGAGGAUUUGUGGAUUCCGUAUUUCAACAUCACCACGGAUAUCACAGCCUCCACCAUGAGGGUCCACACAGAUGGUUCCCUGUGGCGCUAUGUCCGUGCUAGUAUGUCCCUGUCGGGCUACCUCCCGCCUCUGUGUGACCCGAAGGACGGCCACUUGUUGAUGGAUGGAGGUUACAUCAACAACCUGCCAGCGGAUGUGGCACGUUCAAUGGGGGCCAAAGUUGUCAUCGCCAUCGAUGUGGGCAGCCAAGACGAGACGGACCUGACGAAUUACGGAGACACCCUGUCCGGCUGGUGGCUGCUGUGGAAGCGCUGGAAUCCUCUGGCAGAAAGGAUCAAGGUCUUGAACAUGGCGGAGAUCCAAACUCGGCUGGCCUACGUCUGCUGCGUCCGACAGAUGGAGAUGGUGAAGAACAGCGAGUACUGCGAGUACAUCCGGCCGCCCAUCAACCGCUACGGCACCCUGGAGUUUGGCAAGUUCGAUGAGAUCUCCGAGGUGGGCUACCAGCACGGCAAGACCCUCUUUGAGCUGUGGAUUCGCAGUGGUGUCAUUGAGAAGAUGCUGAAGGACAGGCAUCAGGAGGAAUUCCACAGGACCAAGUCGUCCGAUGUGGUCACCUGUCCCAACGCCUCUUUCACCGACCUGGCAGAGAUCGUGUCCCGGAUUGAACCUGCGAAGUUGACGGUGGUGGAUGAUGAGUCCGAUUAUCAGACCGACUAUGACGAAGAGGGUCCUGACGCGGCACUGGGGGACUUCAACGCGUCCAGUGUGACUGAGGAGGAGAUGUUCGACACGGAUGAAGAGGUCAAAGUGCGGCAGCGGAACACGGGCACACGUGGGGCACAAAGACAUCUGCAGUGAGCAGCCAGAGCCACCCCUCUGCCCACUGGGUCUCGCUUUGGAGCCCUUUGCCCAUCCAUGGCAGUGACUGCCUCUCAUCUCUGGUAAACAGGAUUGACGUUCUCUCACAAGUGACUGUGGUGCCUUCUGACCUCCGUGCCUUGGACACCCACUCUGUGCCUAACCACUCACUCCAGGCUUCCUAGGGGGCCUGCCACCUUGCACUUUGGCAUGAGCUGGGCAGGUCAUCUUGGGUGCCAGUGGUCAGUGGCAGUGCCAUUCACCAGCAGCCAGUGGUGCCUUUUCUGGUGUGUUGCACCACCCAUUUAGUGCCUCUGUGAUGUCCUUGUGUCUGAGUAUGCCAGGUUGGCAUCAUAGCCAACGCAGAUAGAAGUCUGUGGUGUAGAUUUGGUUACAUUGGUGACCUGGACACAGGUGCAAACCUGAGCCUGUCCUGCUGGGUCCUUCCCAGUUGGCUGAUCAACUUAUCAAUGCAAAGUGUUCCUUUAUAGCGCCUUCACUGUUCUUUACUGGUUCUGUUAUUAAAAUGUCAUUUGUGUCACCGUC